AUGACAGAUAGAAAUUCAGGUUCAUUUCAAAAUAAAGACACUUCAAACAACAAUAAAAGAAUAUCCAUCAAAGGAUCCAAGCCAGAAUCAAAAAUAUCAAAAAUAAUAAAAGAAGAAGAAACGGGCGAUUUGGAAAAUCAUGAUCAUCCUACAGAUUUCUUUAAUGAUGCCUAUAGAGUAACCAGAAUCAAAUCUGAAAAUUUAGAGAUGGAGGUUCUCAACAAAAAUCAUAAAGAGGAUGACGAAAAUGCCAACAGCGGAAAUAAUAAUAAACUUAAUAAAAUUCCAUCUAUCUCAAAGAACUAUAGACCUCGUCCAAAUGAUAGCACAAAUAAUAACAACAUACCGAAAUCUGAAUCAGGACCUCGUAGACAAAAAUCUCUUAUAAGACCUGAGCGUGCAAGGAGAAAUCAACGUAGAAUAAGUAGAGGUGUGACAAAUUUUGCUGUCGAUGAUUCCACUGAGAGAUGGAGUAUCCUUCCUCCAAAUGCUCUUAAUAUUACUGCUAAUGGCAGUGUCGGGGCUGGUGGUAAUGGCGACGGUGGCGAUGAGAGACGUUUGAGUCGACCACUUAAUAGAAGACUUUCAACGAGAGAACCACCUAAAAAAAGAAAGUGGUAUAAAUGUCAAUGCUUUUCCACUUGGUUAAUAUAUACCAACUGUGUCACUUGUUGUAUUCCUCCUUCUCUAUUAUCUUGUUUUGGUAUGCAUGAUAAAUUGGUUCAAAGAGCUUGGAGAGAAAAAAUGGCUUUGGUAUCUAUAAUAUUGAUUCUUUGUGCCGCCGUGGGUUUCUUGACUUUUGGUUUCACUCAAGCUUUAUGUGGCAUACCUCCACCAAGAGUUCGUGUAGGCGGUGUCAGUCUGCAACAAGCUGUCAUACUAGGUAGUAUCUAUGAUCUAACCGACUAUCCACAUCCUGUUGAAUUACCUGAUAUCACUGAGAAAAAGGGCGGGAAUUUAUUGAAUGGUUUGGCCGGUGGAAAGGAUAUAUCAUUUUUAUUUCAAACUCUAAAUAACGAAUGUAAAAAUAUUCUAAUACCCAAAAAUGGAAAACUUCAAAACUAUUUCCCUUGUAAUGCAACUGAUGCAAUUGAUGAUUUUUCGGAUCUUAAGCCUACUGAUAAUCCUAUUAAUUUUGGGUGUCAUGAUGUCGACGUUUCAAAAUCUGAUAUUAAUGCUUUAAUUUAUGUCGGUGACGUAUUUUUCGAUUGGGAUGAUGUACAAAGAGGUGAUCGCAAUUUUGUUGUUCAUAAUGGUAAUGUGCUCGAUUUGGGAAAACUUAAAUAUUUGGUUCCAAACAUUGAGAUGAUUCCGUUACUAAAGCAAAUCAGUGUGACCGAAAUUGACAAUUAUCGAGGUCGUGAUCUAACUUAUUACAUGCAGCAAAAUGUGGAUCGCAUCCAAUUAGCAAAAUGUUUAGAGGAGACAAUCAGAGUUGGUGUUGUAGAUUUUAAUUCAAUAGGGUGUAUGAUCACUGAUGUUGUAACUUAUGUUUCGUUGAUGGUAAUCGUUGGUGUGGUAUUGGUCAGAUUUUCUUUGGCCGUAUUGUUUGGUUGGAUAUUAAGUUGGAGAUUGGGCAGUUUUCGUGAGGAAACCGCAGAGGAACUUGCUAUGCGUGAACGAGAUAUUGAAAAAUGGUCAGAUGAAAAUGUACAUUUUAAACCACCACCUGCUCCCUCUUCUCCCGCCACUAACAACAGAAAUUCGUUCAAAUUUUUAAGUACAUCAAGAUAUUCAACUCAAUCACCAGGUACUGGAACUUAUGAUCGUAACAGAAGAGUAGACAAUCGUUCCACAAGGAUGUACAAUUUGCCGAAUGGGAAUGGGUCCGGUGAGAAUAUUUUUAAUAAAAACAGUUCAACUACUUCCCUUGUAAGACCGUUAUCUACAACUAAUAGUUUUAACACAGGACACUUUAAAGAAACGGAUUCAGGAAGGACAAGUCGUCGCUCUUCUAUCAACGAGUACAAUCACACUCGUACUGACUCCAUGUCAUCUUCCACUUCAUCUCUUGCCCAGACUUCUUCUUUCCAGCAAUUACCCCAAGAGCCUGAACAACGUUUUAAUUUCCCGCUUAUACACACUAUAUUAUUGGUCACUUGUUAUUCUGAGGGUGAACAGGGCCUUAGAACCACUCUGGACUCGUUGGCUAAUACCGACUAUCCCUCUUCACAUAAGCUUAUUAUGGUGAUAGCUGAUGGUAUAAUAAAAGGAUCAGGAAACGAUAAAUCAACUCCAGAUAUUUGUUUAUCAUUGAUGAAUGACUUCUUCAUAUUACCAGAAUUGGUACAAGCUCACUCCUAUGUUGCUAUUGCUGAUGGUAAAAAACGUCAUAAUAUGGCAAGAGUUUACGCUGGUUUCUAUAGUUAUAAAGAUUUGGAAAAUAAAACUAAACGCAUACCAAUGGUAACUGUUGUAAAGUGUGGUGGUCCAGAAGAACAGGACGACAAGAAACCUGGUAAUAGAGGAAAAAGAGACUCUCAAAUUAUUUUAAUGGGCUUUCUACAAAAAGUCAUGUUUGAUGAAAGAAUGACACCUCUUGAGUAUGAGUUUUUUAACGCAGUUCGUAAUGUUAGUGGCGUCACACCAGAUUACUUUGAAAUUGUUCUGAUGGUUGAUGCUGAUACUAAAAUUUAUCCUGAUUCAUUAACUCGUAUGAUUGCUUGUAUGUCAAGAGAUCCUAAUGUAAUGGGACUUUGUGGUGAAACAAAAAUUGCAAAUAAAACUGAUAGCUGGGUUACUGCAAUUCAAGUUUUUGAAUAUUAUAUUAAUCAUCAUAUGCAAAAAGCAUUCGAAUCAAUAUUUGGUGGUGUUACAUGUUUACCCGGUUGUUUCUGUAUGUAUCGUAUCAAAGCACCAAAAGGACCAAACGGAUACUGGGUACCAAUUUUAGCAAAUCCAGAUAUCGUUGAACAAUAUUCUGAAAAUAUAGUUGACACACUUCACAAAAAAAAUCUUUUACUACUUGGAGAAGAUCGCUACCUAACAACCCUGAUGCUUAAAACUUUUCCUAAAAGGAAAAUGAUGUUUGUGCCACAAGCUAUUUGUAAAACAAUUGUCCCAGACACAUUUAAAGUUCUGAGAUCUCAAAGACGUAGAUGGAUCAAUUCAACAGUUCAUAACUUGUUGGAACUUGUGCUGAUACCAGAUUUGUGCGGUACAUUUUGUUUCUCUAUGCAAUUUGUCAUAUUUAUGGAAUUGGUGGGAACAGUGGUGUUGCCAGCUGCAAUUACAUUCACAGUGUAUCUUGUCAUCAUAUCGUUUGUUAAACGUCCUGUACCAGUGAUACCUCUAUUACUUUUAGCAGCUGUUUUAGGUUUGCCAGCCGUGCUUAUAUUACUCACCACACGAAAACUUAUUUAUGUUGGAUGGAUGUUGGUUUAUUUGUUUUCGCUACCGAUAUGGAAUUUUGUUUUACCUGUUUAUGCAUAUUGGCAUUUUGAUGAUUUCUCAUGGGGACAAACGAGAGUGGUUGAGGGUGAAGUCUCUGGUGAGGAUCAUUCACGUAAAGAAGGUGUAUUUGACAGUUCGAGAAUAGUGAUGAAGAAAUGGGCAGAAUGGGAAAGGAAAAAACGAAUGAAGAUACGUAAUUCACAGUUAAUACCUUUCUCAACGGCUCAAAUGUCGCCCGAUGAAAAUUACAAUAAUGUACUAUCAUCAGCAUCAUCAAUAACAUCAACACCUGCUACACUAACUACAACACCACCUUCGGCUUUUGCUUCCUCAAGGCCUACAUCUGUGAUAUCAAAUUUUGCUGGUUUCGACAAAUCAUAUUUACAAUCAGCUCCACCAUUACCAUUUAAUCCACGUGGAGGAGUUAGUAAACGUACAAGUACAAGGCCCCGGGCUGAUUCUUUGAUGAUACCACCACCUUUAGCGGGAGGUCCAAUAUUAGGAAAUAAUAAUGUUUUUACUAGUAGUCCUGCUAGCAGUUUAAUGUCAUCACCUCUUAGUUCGGCUCGUAGUAAUGUAUCACCUUAUCAUCAACAACAGCAACAAAAACAUUUGGGUCGAGCAGCAGUUGUCCUUGUUGCAUUAGCAGCCGUUGCCCUUGUUGAAUUAUUAGCAGCUAUCCUUAUUGAAUUAUUAGCAGUUACUCUUGUUGAAUUAUUCAUUGUAUUAAUUUUUAAUAAACUGUAG